UGAGCCAUGCUAAAAAAAUGACAUUUGACCAUUGCGCUGUGUGUGCUUUCACAUAAAAUUUCUGCAUUCCACAGAAAUUUUCACUAAUUUUCACUGCAAUCCUCCUUUUUUUCAUUUAAUUUCUGCAUCAACAAAUACUCCCACUUGGACUGCAUUUGAACCUGAGCCCCAAAAUCAUCGGAUACCCGUGCAAUCUCCCAAACACAAAGACCCAAAAGCGACAGAAGAAAGUGUGGCAACAAAUUAGGGACACCUCAUAAGUUUAUUUGUGUAAAAUUUGUGUAGAAGACCAGAAAGAGAAAGACAGAGAGAGAGGAACGAGAUGGCUCGUGGACAUCAGAAAUUGCAAUCGCAGGCCAAGGCUCAGGAGAAGAUGGCCAAACAGAAGAAGCAGCAGGGACACAAUGCCAAUGAACAGAAGAAGGCAGCUCAGAAAGCCCUUGUCCACGUUUGCAGCGUGUGCAAGGCCCAGAUGCCCGAUCCCAAGACCUACAAGCAACACUUCGAGAACAAACACCCAAAGUCAGAUCUUCCUGACGAUCUCAAGGAUGUCUAGCCACAAUAAAUCACCACGCAAGUUCCCUUAAUCCCCGGAAAAAAUUUCUUAUCUUUUUUUUUCUCUUGGUAAUCGCGCGUCCAAUUAGCUCUCUCUAUCACCUGGAGCUAUACACAGAAUCAUGUAACCGAGUCAUUGCCAGAAAACAUUUAAAGAAAAAAAAACUGAUGCUAACAUUUAGAAAAAAAAAAAAGAAAUGCGUUCGAGUGUCUGGAAAAACCUUGGUCUUUUCAUUAUUUCCCAAAUAUAGAAAGGUACCAAAAUUAUCCCUAAAGUAUUUUUCGUCAAUUCAUCACAUUUUUGUUCUUUAAAAAAAAAAUCCACCACAGUGAUAUUCAUUUUUUAUAUUAAUUACAAUUUAAUAAAAGAACACCUCAAUUUGCAGUGAUUUUAAAAUAAAACGUGCUAACAUACCUUCA